UUUUUUAGCCACCCAUAUACUUCAUUUGUUUAGCCAGUUGUUGAUAUUACUUCUAAUGUUCAUGUCAGGGAUUCAAGGCAGCUUGCAUUCAAAUGAAAAUCUCUCUCCCUAGGUAAAAGUCUUCGCUUUCUGACAGUAAGUUCUAUUGGUAAAGGUGAAGAUGCAACAGAAAGUUGAUCAAUAUUUGACAGCAACGCUGAUUGUGAAUCUUUGACAGCCCAGUUGACAGAACAGCUCCUGUUGUCAACAACGCUGAGAACUGGAGCCAAGGGGAAGAGAAGCAUUUGGGUCUAGGUUUUAAUCAGGUGCAAUGAUAUUGAUCCAAUUAGGAACGACGCCGUGUACAUGUUAUCGUAAGAGACUUGACUGUGCUGGUGAGCUAUUGCAGCUUAGGGGUUAUCUCAAAUUGAUUGAGUUGGGUCUUAAGGUGCAUGGAGCUCUUAGAUGCUUGGCUUUUCUCUCUAUGGACUUGGAUGAUAUAGUGGUCCUGAAACUAAUUCUCGCUUUGUUCCCAUGCUUGCUUACAAUUGUAUCAUCUCCUCAGGUGUGUGACAAAUAUUUACGCACAAAAUCCUAUUCAAUUGUUUAUUCAUGUAUUGCCGUGAUGGGGGUGAUGAGUGGUGUAUAUAAGAAUGGUGAAGAGGCUGGGUGUCAGUUCAGAGGUAGAAAUCUCAAUGCACAUCAAUUACAACUGUUACAUGUGAAGAGUUGCAAAAGCUUGUCCAUCUUUCUCAUGGAUUUUGUUGUCAUGGAAGUGUUGAAAUUGUUUUAGGCUUUUAAAUUAAUUUUCAAGAGACAUGUACUUGUGAUCAUGAUCAGCAAGUGAUAAUGUGGA